AUGGCGGCCUCUCCACUGCGCCGCCGAGCGCCCCGAUUGGCUCGCCGCCCUCGAGGCGUCACGCGCACGCGCGCUCCCCGCCAAUGGCGGCCUCUGCACUGCGCCGCCGAGCGCCCGGAUUGGCUCGCCGCCCUCGUUCCGUCACGCGCACGCGCGCUCCCCUCCAACGGCGGCCUCUCCAGCGGCGCCGCCGAGCGCCCGGAUUGGCUCGCCGCCCUCGAUCCGUCACGCGCACGCGCGCUCCCCGCCAACGGCGGCCUCUCCAGCGGCACCGCCGAGCGCCCGGAUUGGCUCGCCGGAGGCAGGACCCGCACACCCGUCCCAGCAGCUCAUACAGAGCCGCAGCCGUCAGUACUACAUUUCCCAGAGUCCCUCGGAUUCCGGGAGGAGGGCGUCUGCGCUUCCAUGGCGGACCCCGCGCGCCCCUGGAGCCCCGAGGAGCUGCGGAGCGAGGCGCUGCCCAAGAAGGAGAUCGUCCGCUUCCUGCAGGAGCAGGCGGCCCACGGGUUCCUUGCAGAGCACAAGUUACUCGGGCAGAUUAAAAAUGUAGCCAAGACUGCCAGCAAGGAUCAGCUAAUUGCAGCGUACAACCAGCUCUUUGAAACAAAGAGCUUUAAGGGCACCGAGAGUGCAGAGCACGUGACGGAGCAGUUAAAAAAUGUCACGAUCGAUGAAGACAAGCCCAAAGAAACAAAGCCUGAGGAAGUGGUUUGUGAGGGCCCCCCCAAAUAUACAAAGUCUAUUCUGAAAAGGGGGGACAAAGUCAACUUCCCCAAAAAGGGUGAUGUCGUUCACUGCUGGUACACAGGGAAACUGGAAGAUGGAACGGUCUUUGACACGAACAUUCAGCCGAGUUCCAAGAAAAAGAAAGCAUCGAAGCCGCUGAGCUUUAAAGUCGGUGUUGGAAAAGUGAUCCGAGGCUGGGACGAGGCUCUGCUGACCAUGAGCAAAGGGGAAAAGGCUCACCUGGAGAUCGAACCCGAAUGGGCUUAUGGGAAGAAAGGACAACCUGAUGCCAAGUAUCCUUACGGCACACAUUGCUGGCCUGCGUGCAAUUCUGGUCUGGUCCAAAAUGCAGUUUGGAAAUGCUCAACCCCCUGA